AUGUUAAAAUACACUCAUAAUUAUCAAGUAGCUGCUCAAACACUCUCAAUUUAGAACACUCGCAUAACUGGAAAUUCUUUAUUAGCAAGAUCUUUUCUAGGACAAAGACGACAAUUUUUCAAUUUGCACAGGGAAUUCAUGGUAAAAAAUGGAAAUCUAUAGAAGGGAAAUAAUGGGAGACAAAUGCAGUAGUUUUACUUUUCAUAGACAAAUGCAUUCUCUACAUUUAGUAUUAUUUUAUCUACCUCAUAAUCGUUUUUGAAAAGAAUAAAGAGAAUGAUACUUAAGAGAAUAGUUGUCUUCCGUUUGUUAUUCUAUGGCUCUUUAAUUCUUACCCUAGGAACAUUUAUGCAGGCUAAUAAAGUAUCUGAGAGCUCUAAGUCAGUCACUCCUUCAUUUUUCCUAAUGCAUUCUACUCUACAAGGAUAGCGCUACAAGCUUUCAGGCGUAAUUAAAAGUGGUUCGAUAGAGAUAAAAAAAGGAACUCUAGAGAAUAAAUUUAUUGUGACUGAUUUUAAAAAUGAGAUAGCAGUGCUAUUCAAGGGCCCAUUACCUCCUACUUUCAGAGAGGGUGAUAUGGCUACAAUGGGUGGAUUUUUGGCUGAUCCUAAGAAUCCAACAGUAUUUGUGUGCACUAGCGUCUAAGCUAAUCAUGAAAUCUCCCCAGAUAGAUGGCUUGGAGAAACUGGAUUGGAUAAAGCUACUAGCAUGAAUAUGAUUGAAACUAGUGAAGACUUUGAAUUCACAAAGAUGAAAUGA